GCGGGCGGGGGGUCCCCGGGCCGGCGCGGGGCGCAGCCAGACGGACGCGGCCGGGGCCCCAGACACACGGACGGGCUGGAUCGGGCGGCAUCCCCUCCCCCCACCGAGAUGAGCUCAAUAAUCUUCAGCCCCUGGGGCAGCGCCAAGCUGCUCUCGGCUCCCAGCCCCGCCCAGCAGGGGGAGCCGGAGGGGUCCCUGGGGGGGGCGCCCGGAGCCUCCGAGGGGGGAUCCCGGUGCGACUGGUGCGAGCAGCUCACGGAGCCGGGGCACAGCAGGGACUGCGGGCACCACGUCUGCAAAGAGUGCGAGCGGGACUCCAGCAGGGCCGGGAUCCUGUCCUGUCUUCAGUGUUUGGAGGACCAGGGAAAGCAGCUGCUCAACGACCUGGACCGGGUGCGCCAUCCGCAGGUUGGGAUGGUGGAGGAGGGCGAGGCCCUGGCGGCCCCGUCCCGCCGGCGCCUCGUGGUGGAGGUGGUGCAGGGGCCGCAGGAGCCCCGGGGGCGGCUGGACCAGCGGCUGGACGAGGUGGAGGCGCAGCAGAAGACCUUGCAGAACAUCGUGACGGUGCUGAGCCGGGAGAUGGGCCGGCGCGAGGGGGCCAGAGGCUCGGCCAACGGGGGCUCGGCCAACGUGCUGGGGGAAGCCAUGGCCCGAAUCCUGUACCUGGAGGAGAAGGUGGCCCAGCAGGACACGCUCCUGGCCCUCAAGGACGUGAUGAUCAGCAACCUGGGGGCCCGGGUCGAGGCCCUGGAGCAGACCUCCUACAACGGGCAGUUUCUCUGGAGGCUCCCUGACAUAGGGCGCAAGAUGCAGCAAGCCCUUUCCAGACAGACACCUGCCCUCUACUCUCCCCCCUUUUACACCAGCCGCUACGGCUACAAACUCUGCCUCAAGGUUUACCUCAAUGGGGACGGCACCGGGGCCGGGACGCACAUCUCCCUCUUCUUGGUGCUGAUGAGGGGUGAAUACGAUUGCUGGCUCAAAUGGCCUUUCCAUCACAAGGUCACCUUCACGCUCCUGGAUCAAGUCGGCGAGCGUCACGUCUCGAGCUCUUUCCGCCCGUCGGAAGCCUCCUCUUCCUUCCAGCGGCCCGUGAGCAACUGCAACAUAGCCAGCGGCGUCCCCGAAUUCUUCCCCCUGUGCCAGCUCCACGCCCUGGAAGCCACCUACAUCCACGAGGACACCUUAGCCUUCAAGGCCCUGAUCGGCGACACCAACCUCUAGGGUGGGGCAGUUCGUCUGCGGCCCACGGGCCUGGGCCUCACUCGGGCCUAGAGACAUAGCCGACAGCUUGGACUCCCGGGUUGGCGUCUUUCAAGAUGGCUGCCUGCACCGCCUCUCCCAUGCCAAGCCUUCACCCAAGAUGGCUGCCCACACCGCCUCUCCCCUGCCAAGCCUUCACCCAAGAUGGCCACCCACAACGCAUCUCCCCCCACCAGGCCUUCACCCAAGACGGUUGCCCACAACGCCUCUCCCCCACCAAGCCUUUGCCCAAGAUGGCCACCAAGACCUCACUUCCCCUCCCAUGGCUUCAUCUAAGAAGCUGGCCAUGAAAAAUGGAGGUUGACCCUUCUUGGUAACCACCAUGGAAGAGGUUUUCAAGACAAGAUGACCCUGAAGUCUCUUCCCAGACGGCCACUCAUGAAUAGGUUCUGCCUCCUUUGAAAGCUUAGUCCGAGACAGUGGCCACGAAUAAUGGAGGGUGAGCCCUCGGGGCAGCCAUCUUGGAAGAGACGAAGGUGGAGGGAGACCCUUAAGUGUCGUCCAAGAUGGCUGACCAUGAGAACUGUUAUGGCAGCCAUCUUGGCAGCUGUUCUGACAGUGGAGGGAGAUGUAGGAUGAUCCUCCAGCUGGUGGCCCCCACCCAAGGUCUCCCUCACACAGGGAGGGUCAGCUAUGGGGAUAUACAAAGCCGCCCCCCCCCCCCCAACAGUAUGGAGCUCGCCUUCAGUGCCUGCAGUUCCCCCCACACCUCAGAGAGCAGCUGCACGGCUGUUCCUGGGGGGGGUUGUUGACCAGCUCUUAUUUUUGUAGACCCUACACAAAGUCAUACCGAACGCGACCUCAGCAGCAACGUGCCAAGCAGCUCUGGGCUUUUCAGGAGUCGGAUGAUCCCGCUGGUCAGGGACGGCCAGAAACGGGGCGUUUUUGUUUUCAAUACGCCAAAGCAGACUGGACUAUUUAAGAGGGAAAAUAUUUGUAACUGAAUUAAACUCUUAUUUAUUUAGUUGACAUUAAAUCUAUUUAUGGAUCACAGCAGCUGCUCUGGGGGGGUCGGCAUUUUGCACCCCCCUCCCAAAAAUUAAAGUGGGUCCAAUGGAGAGAAUUGAAAGUGAAGUGUGAGGUUUCCCCUCUAGGGGAUGCUGGCUCCGGG